UACCUGGGGGAUAGAAGGCUGUGUCUUCGCAGAUGGGGAUGGUUUGGAGCCCAUUUAAAUGGGCAGGGAUGUGCUCUGUGCGAUCCGCUUUCUCUUGCUUUUCCCCCGUUGGAGAACUGCUCAGAUCAUUUCUGGAACUUGCAAAGCUUCCUGGGUGGCAGAUGGAUGAGGCCUCUUUGGAGCCUGUCAAACACUAAUGAGUGCUUCUGCCCAAAGGUGACCCUCUUUUGGAGGAACCCUGAGCUCCUCACCUGACAAGGAGAGGUGCAUAGCAGCAGAAGUGCUUCUGCUCUUGGAGCCAACAGGCACCGACAGGAAUAGCUGAUGUGACCACAGAGGCAAAGUGCUUUGGGAAGAGACCAGUUCAGAAAGGAGGGACCUGCUUGGCUCUGACCAUCUCGUGGACUCUUCUAGGGCCCUUUUUCUUUGGGCAGUGCUGAAAAUAUGUGAGUGAACAAAGACGCUCUCUUGUUCUGGGAUUUCAGCUGUGAACUCGCCUAUCUGCUACCUGAAACCAAGUGGACGAAGGAUAUUGUAUUUCUUGGAGGAAAGAAGACCUUACUUUCUCUAGGUCUCUGGAAACAAAAGCAAUGCUCCUUUCCCCUUCCCUUUCAAGGGCAGCGUAUGGAAAGAAAAAGAAGGAUCCCAGAUAAACACAAUUCAAGAUUCCAGCAACUUAACAGUAAUGUUGCCCAUGCAGAUGGAGUGAAAACUGAAGAGCAGUUGAAAACUGGACAGCAGUGCACGGUGUACAGACAUGAAGAUGCCAUCAGCAUCUUCAAAAGCCUGGGUCCUGCCUGUGAGCUUAACGAGACCUGUCUGCAAAGUUGUUCUAAGUAGACCUCAGCCCCGCUGCUUUCUUCUGCCAGUGGGCUUGGAGCUCUGGGUUUAUGUUCAGAAAAUGCGCAACCUGCAGAAGAAGAGAAUGGAGGCAUCCUGCCUGGAACUGGCCCUGGAAGGAGAACGCUUGUGCAAGGCUGGGGACUUCAAAGCUGGGGCAGCCUUCUUCGAAGCAGCGGUGCAGGUGGGGACAGAGGACCUGAAGACUCUCAGUGCCAUCUACAGUCAGCUGGGCAAUGCCUAUUUCUACCUAAAGGAGUACUCCAAGGCCUUGGAGUACCAUAAACACGACCUUACCCUGGCCAGAACCAUCGGGGACCGCAUUGGAGAAGCCAAGGCAAGUGGCAACCUCGGGAAUACAUUGAAAAUACUUGGGCAGUUUGAUGAAGCUGUCGUUUGUUGCCAGAGACACUUGGACAUUUCUCAGGAGCAGGGAGACAAGGUAGGUGAAGCCAGAGCACUGUAUAAUAUAGGAAAUGUUUACCAUGCAAAGGGAAAGCACUUAUCUUGGAGCAUGGCCCAAGACCCAGGCUACCUGCCUCAAGAAGUCAAGGAGACGCUACAGAAAGCUUCAGAAUAUUAUGAGAGGAACCUGUCCCUGGUGAAGGAGCUGGGGGACAGAGCUGCACAGGGCCGUGCUUAUGGCAACCUCGGCAACACCCAGUACUUACUCGGCAACUUCAGUGAAGCUAUAGCCUUCCACAAGGAGCGCCUUGCUAUUGCUAAGGAGUUUGGGGACAAGGCAGCCGAGCGGAGAGCGUACAGCAACCUGGGCAAUGCGCACAUCUUCCUUGGGAGGUUUGACAUCUCUGCUGAGUACUACAAGAAAACACUCCAGCUCUCCAGACAACUCAAAGACCAAGCAGUAGAAGCCCAGGCUUGCUACAGUCUUGGAAACACAUACACGCUGCUUCAAGACUAUGAAAGAGCAAUCGAGUACCAUCUAAAACACCUGGUGAUAGCACAGGAGCUGGGAGACAGGGUGGGAGAAGGAAGAGCCUGCUGGAGUCUCGGAAAUGCCUACGUCUCCCUGGGGAGCCAUGAACAAGCUUUGCACUUUGCAAGGAAACAUCUUGAAAUCUCCCAAGAGAUUGGGGACCGGAACGGUGAGCUGACAGCACAGGUGAACAUGGCCCAGCUCAAGUCAGCCCUCGGCUUGGGCCCCGGGGAUGAGGACAUGGGUACAGCUCAUCACUAUUCUGGGUAUGAAGCACAAGGAGCCAGGCCAAAGAGACUCCAAAGGAACAGCAUGGACAGCUUAGACCUCCUGAAGUUCCCUUCUGAAAAGGACCAGAAUGGGGACAGCCAUCACAUGGGAGACCUGAAGAUCUCUGGAAAAGAGUUCUUGUCAUUACCUGCAAGGUCAAAGAAAUACCGGGAGCACCAAUCCAGUUCAGAGAGAAAGUCCCAGGGGUCAAGUACAUCGCCACUGGAUACCAGUGAAGUCCGAGUCCAGGUGUCACAGUCGAAAAUCAACCGGACCCCUUCGGAUGAGGAAUGCUUCUUUGACCUGUUGAGCAAGUUCCAGAGCAACCGGAUGGAUGAUCAGCGCUGCCCGUUGGAAGAAUGCCCAUCGGAGGCUGCAGAGGCAGCUGCCACACCGGUCCCUGCCCUGGAAGAACGGAUAUCACAGUCCUCCUUAAUGGCGUCUCCACAGACGGAGGAGUUCUUCGACCUCAUCGCCAGCUCCCAGAGCAGACGGCUGGAUGACCAGCGUGCCAACGUGGGCAACCUGCCAGGCCUCCGGAUAACACACAACAACCUGGGGCACCUGCGUGUGGAGGGGGAUGCCCAGGAGCCCGGGGACGAGUUCUUCAACAUGCUGAUGAAGUGUCAGUCCUCCAGGAUAGAUGACCAACGCUGUGCACCACCAGACUCCAUCCCCCGUGGCCCCACCAUGCCGGAUGAAGACUUUUUCAGCCUCAUCCAGCGCGUCCAGGCCAAACGCAUGGAUGAGCAGCGGGUAGAUUUGGCCUCAGCCCAGGAGGAGGCAGCAGAGGAGCAGCAGAGGCCUGGUUCCAGCUAAGAACUGGGGUUUGGCUUGGGGGGGUUGUUUUGGUUUCAUUUUGUUUUUUAAAAAGAAAAAAAAAAAAGUGUAGGUGGUUUCAAACCCGAGCGCUCCUGCGCUACCACAGACUUCUCUCAGGAGCCGCCCCAGGGACACGGGAAGCCAUACCUCCGUUGUGUUGCACCUGGCUGCUCUGCAGAGGCAGUGUUACAGGAAGGCCCAUCAGAUGGGGGACAGUUUUUAAACAAGGGUUUUUUUAGGACACACGGCCACUGUAACACCGGGCACAGCAUGAGGGAAGAAGACUUUGGCAGCCCCUUUGCUUAUCACCUAAAAAUCCAGGAACUUGUGCUGUCGGCCAGAAGAGGAGCCCAGAGUGAGUAGUUAACUCCAGCCUUGAUGUCUUUUAUUUCCACAACACUUUUAAUUUAAUGGGGGAAGGAAAGAGCAUCUUUUCCAUUUUGAAGUCCUCCUGUCUUGCCUGCAUCACGAGGUGACACAAAUUGCUCUGGAUCCUUCCCUGGAAUGCCUUGCUCAGCUUUUUUCUUUCUACAGGAGGAAAUGAGCCCAAGUCAGAGGUCACACCAGUGCUUUUAAACCUCAGCCCCACCCCAGCUGCAGUCAUGGUCCCACACACCUUAAAGUUUAUUUUAGGUUUGCCGAGGACUCUGCAAUGAGCCCUGUGACACCCCCUCUGCUUCCCCAGCCGCAGUCCCGUGCAGAGCUGUACCGGGACCUCCUGAGCAGGAGCCAAAGCCUUGCUCGCCCUGAGCUUUAGUGGGAUUUGGUUACCUCUAGAGAACAGCCGUGCAGCAAAGCCCAGCUUCAGCCUGGGACAAAGCCUGAAAGGUAACUGCCAGCCGUGCAGCCCAAACUGCAGGCCUGAGACAGGGGCCUGUGCCCAGGAAGGGAGGAGGGAGGUCUCUGCUCAUCUGUUCAGCACAAGGCAAAAUGCGGGCAACUCAUCCCUUCUGGUGCCGCUGAGCCAGAAGUCUCGUGCAGGAUUGUGCUGUGCGCCAGGUGAGUGUGCCCGAGGCAGAAGCAAUGAUCCGCUUCGAGAGCCAGCAAAGUUUCCUGCCCAUGGCUUGUCAGGAGAGCAAAGCAGAACCACCCCCUCCUCCCUUUUGUGUCCCAACAGCGGUCAGGGAUAACAGCCCUUCCCUUCCCUCGUUUCUUCCCAAACCAGUGCUGAGCUUCUCUCAGUCCCUGCAGGCCCCGGCAGAGCUGCUCCUGGCAAGGCACUCCGCUUCUGCCCAAUCUGUCUCCAACAAAUGGAGCCUCUCGAGAGCUCCAGACUUGGGGUGUUGGCUGGGAAGUCAGUUCCACCCCACAGACAAGCACAAGAGCCUACAUUUGCUUUCGUUCCUUCCCCUUUUGGAACAGUUGGAAAAGCAAGCCCAGGGAGCAGAAAUCUAACUUCAGGAGGUGGAGUCUUUUUUCCUUCCUUGACUAGAUAGGCUAUCUUGGACUUCAGAAACUCCAGUAAUGAGUUCUGCCAAAGCAGGUAUGUUCCUAUAGAGAACAAAUCAGCACUUUCUAUUUGAAAUGCAUUUGAUGGAAACAUUUCCAACCAGCAGUAAGAUUUUUUAGACCAGUGAUGCUGCUCAUCGGGCAUUUAACCUGCCUGCACUGACCAUGUGGAGGGGUAGCUGCAUUUUACCUGCUACCAGGGAGCACUCACCUGCUACGCUGCUGCAUGGAUCGCUUGGCCGAGGCUCGGCCUCCUUCCUGGGGCUGGUCAGAGCUCUGGAGAAGGGAUAGGAGGACCUGCCCAGCCACCUACGUACUGACCCAGCUCGCAUUUGUAAAGAGGAGGAAAACAUUGAAGAUGACUUGAUCAGCUGCAGGCUUGGGCCUGUGCAGCUCUCAGCCAGGGGGUGAACUGGAAUCUGACCGUUAAGCUUUCAGAGAUGUUAAUUAUUUGCCAUAUACUUGAAUGUAUGAGCUUAUUUAUUUUUUACAUGUGCAUUUGCUAAUGUCAUUUUAAUGGGGAAUUUCCAACCCACAGGUACUUUUUUUUCUAAAAAAUAAUCUGCCAAAUGAAUUAAUAUAUUAGAAAUGAAUACAGCUCAAGGGGAAGGGGGGGUUUGUGCUUAAUAAAUAUUUGUGUCUAAGCUUCAGUGACAACA